UACAGUGGUAAUGCAUGUUUAUCACUUAAUUUUAAUUCAUCCAGCCAGGAUUCUCUUACACUUUCCCUCACAGAAAAAGCAGCAACCCCCUGUUUCUGUGGAAAUGCUUCACUCUUUCUCGGUUCUGUUCUUACUUCUCCCACUACUCCCAUUCUGUUUACUCUUUCUUUUCUCACCAGCUGAAGCUGUUGAUGAUACUUACACUCUUCCUAAUGAGCACUUCAUUAACUGUGGAUCAAAGUCUAAUGCCACCUUUGGAAUCAGGAACUUCACUCAAGACCAAAAUUCUGGUCCCUUCUCUGGAAAAGGAAGCAAACCUGUCAAAGACACUAAACCUUCAGCUGAUACACCGAUGCUAUAUCAAACAGCAAGAAUAUUCGGACGCCCUUACCCUUAUAAGUUUAAAAUCAGCCAAAAAGGCACGUACCUGGUACGCCUUCAUUUCUGUGCUUUCACAUCUUCUGUAAGCUUAGCAGAUGCUGUGUUUGAUGUCUCAGCUCAACCUACUGCCUCCGGUCCAUGGCUUUUACUGUUGUCGAAUUUUACCAUGAAAAAUAGUAAUGAAUCAACUGUGAUUAAGGAAUUCCUUCUUACAGUUGGAGCUGGUAAAUUUGAGAUUUACUUCAUACCUUCUCAAAUAUCACGUUUGGCUUUUGUUAAUGCCAUUGAAGUCUUUCUUGCCCCUACUGGCUUCAUUCCUGAUAAUGCUACACGCAUAAAUUUCUUAGGGAUUAAAGGCAAUUAUCACGGUUUACUUUCUAAUGUUUUGCAAAAAAUUUAUAGAAUCAAUGUUGGAGGUUCCAACAUCACAGCAAAGACUGAUACACUUAUGAGAUAUUGGAUACCAGAUGAUCAGUUUUUGGUCUUUCCAGGGUCUGCGGAAAACUGGCAUAGGCAGUAUGUUAAAUUAGAAUAUGAGCAAGGAGCUAACGGUUCAACUAAGUUUAUCGCCCCAGAGGAUGUCUAUAGGACUGCCAAAAAAUUGACAAGCGGGCAGACAAAUUUUUCAAAUAUUACUUGGCGUUUUAAAGUCAAUGAGCAUGCUAGGCACUUUGUUCGAGCUCAUUUCUGUGAUUUGAUUAGCCCCUCACUUCAUUAUCCUGGGCUAAAUCUCUGUAUCAAUGGAAUAUUUUGUCAGUUGAUCAGUCCAUUGGAGAUAGUUAAACGGCUGGCAGCUCCCUUUUAUGCUGAUUUUGUUGUUGAUUCUGGAAAAUCUGGAAAUAUUGACGUAAGUGUUGGCCCAUAUUCUAAUACAGACCAAACUGCCUUUCUGAAUGGCCUCGAGAUAAUGCAGCUAAUGGAAAAUUCAUAUUCAUCUUUUGUGCCACCCAAGCGAAAGAAGAAAAUCUUGGUCAUUAUUGCCGGUUCACUUGGUCUGGCAUUUGCAUUCAUUAUAAUAGUGAUUGUGCUAGUUUGUCUGGUUUGCUUGAAAGGAGAUCCAGGUAAAAUUCAACGUUUGCCAUCUUCUUUGGCUCUUCUUGGAGGGUGGAGUGUAAAUGAAAUGUCAACUGCUAGAACUGCUGGUCUUAGUCUAUGCCUUGAAUUAAGGAUACCCUUUGCUGAAAUACAGCAAGCAACACAAGAUUUUGAUUCAACAUUUUUCAUUGGUGAGGGUGGAUUUGGAAAAGUAUAUUGUGGAACACUUCGUGCUGAGAAGGUAGCUGUUAAACGAAGGGCACCAGGACACAAGCAGGGUCUUGCGGAAUUCCAAACAGAGAUAAUGGUACUUUCUCGAACUCGCCAUCGUAACCUUGUUUCCUUGAUUGGAUACUGUGAUGAAAGGUCCGAGAUGAUAUUGGUUUAUGAAUUCAUGGAAAAGGGGACUCUUAGAGAUAAUCUAUAUGACACAAAUGGCUGUUCUAAACAAAAUGGAUUGUCAUGGACGGAAAGACUUGAGAUCUGCAUUGGCACAGCAGCAGCCCUCCAUUACCUGCACACUGGUUCAGCAGUGAAAAUUAUUCACCGGGAUGUUAAGUCAACAAACAUCUUGCUUGAUGAAAAUUACACAGCUAAAGUAUCUGAUUUUGGUAUUUCAAAAUCAGGUCAUUCUGAUCUAACCCUGAAUCAUACAGAUGUAAAAGGUAGCUUUGGUUAUUUGGAUCCAGAAUAUUUUGUGUCUUCUGAGUUGACAGAGAAAUCUGAUGUGUACUCUUUCGGAGUGGUACUUUUAGAAGUUCUCUGUGCUAGACCAGCGAUUAUCAACUCACCUCAGAAGGAGGAGGUGAACCUAGCAGAUUGGGGUUUGCUUUGGCUAAAGAAAGGGCAGCUUGAAAAAAUUAUUGAUCCUGUCCUAGUGGAUAAAAUAAACCCUGAUUCAUUGAGAAAAUUUGGUGAAUUAGCUGAGAAGUGUUUGGAGGCAAAGGGUACUAAGAGGCCUACUAUGCACGAGGUGUUAUGGGACUUGGAAUAUGCAUUGAGCCUACAUACUGGAAUAAGUAGAGAACAACCUGAUGAAAGCAUAACAAAUUCUUCAUUGCAGUUUGGACCGCCUGUGCUUCUGGAUGUACCAACUUGUAGCUUCCUAAUUGAGGAAAAUGAACAGUCCAUAGUCGGUAACCAUGGUUCAGAUACAUCAGCUAGUGAAGUGUUCUCUCAGUUGAAGUUCGCUGGUGCUAGAUAAUCCCAUUAGUACAAGGGUAGUGAGAUCACUCAUAUCAUGUGAAACUUUUAAAAGCUGCUACCAACCUCACCGGGAUGUUAGAUGAACUCCAGCAAAUCAACUAGAGCUGGAAUGAGGAUUGACUCAAAACAACCAGGUUCCUUUUCUGCUAAUUGAUGGAUGAUGUACCAUGUAUGAAGUGCUUGUAACAUAAUAAUCUAAGAUCUUCUGAAGUAAAUGGGAAAUACGUAUGAUUGUUUCCAGUUAGAAUCAGUUUUCUUACUUGUUGCUGUUAGAGUUAAAGCUCGCAUUGACUUUAUCAUUUUGUCUAUUAUGUAUUUUGCUUCAUUGUACUGGUUGUUAAGUGUUGUACACCAGUGUUUAUGAGGUGCAUUUGUGCAUGCUUAGCUUUAUAACACUUGUCUCUUAUGUUAACCGGUAUUAAUCUUGUAUAACUUGUGUAAAUAUUUUGGUCGUAGAUGAAUGAAACGUGUGAACCUUUAACAUA